CGGUACCACAUACCUUCAUCUAAAGAUUUAAGUUUUUCGUUGUAAUAAAACUAUAUAAAUAUAAAAUCUUAUUAGGGCAGUGGUGUGCCUAUUUUGUGUUAUGAUCUGAUAGAAGUGAUGUUUUUGAUGAUAUGAUUUAGUAGAAAGAGUAACAGCUUACUUAGGAUACUUAAAUUAAAAAAUGCCUCAUUAUUUACUAAGAUUAAUAAUAUAUUGUAUCCAUAACUAUUCGUGAUAGUGGAGUUAAGGCGGUAACAAUUAUUAAUAUACAGUUUAUGUUUAUGUUUUACAUGUUUUAUUUGAAUAUAUUUCAUUGGUGAAGCAUGCAAUUAAUAUUGCAUUAUGUCGAUGAAUUACAUGUUCGGAAUAUCGGUCUUUCUGCUUUGUUUAGUCCUACUCAAUAUUUACUUCUUCUACAAUCUUAGUACGACCAAACCUACACCUUUAAUUCAAUCACGGAAAGCAGAAGCUAUGCAAAAUGUCCAUAAAGAAAUUAAUGAUCAUUUCGCACACUUAAAAAAACAGUACAAGAUUAAAACAUCUAAAUUUACACCUGUACAACAAGCUCUAAUUGCAUCUUUCAAUUCCACCAUUACUGAAUUAGAAAAUAUUUGGAAUACUGUGGAUAAUUGGGUUGAUAAUGAAUCUCUGUUUCCUGAUAAAAAUGGAGAUCCUGGAAGAAUACUUCAUGCAAUAAAAUCUUCACCGAUAGCACUAGUAGAUAAUGCACCAAAGGGGACACAAUUGAAACUGUUACUUAUUUUGGAGAGUAAACAAAAGGUUUUGUUUAAACCAAAAAGGUAUAAUUUGACUGAGGUUAUCAAAGGACCAGUAUAUGCAGGCUUUGAUAGGUAUAACUCAGAAGUAUUUGCAUAUUACCUUGGGAUGGUACUCAAUAUGCGAUGGAUAGCACCUGCUGUAACUAUGAGGAUAAAUGUCGAAAAUGAUAUUCUCCCUGUUGCGACACUCGGUUUGAAGAACACAAUGGUGAAAAAUGAAGUUGGUGCAACAUGUAUUUACGGAAAAUGUUACUAUUGCAAAAUAAAUGAGACUGUGUGCCCUGACAACACGGGGGUCCUUGAAGGGGCAGCAAUAUUGUACCUUGAAAAGCAGUUCAAAGUUCACAAAUCCCCAUGGAGACGAUCUUAUAGUCGUAAGAAAAUGGACUGGGAAAAAGAUACUGACUUUUGUAAGAAAUUGUCUCAUACAUUAAGCCUGCAACGAAUUCUAAAUUUGAUUGACGUUGCCAUAUUUGAUUUCUUAAUACAAAACGGCGACAGACAUCAUUAUGAAGUCUAUAAAAACAGAAUAGUUAUACUGGACAAUGGCAAAGGUUUAGGAAAUCCAAUGGUUGAUAUUUUGGAUGUCUUGGCUCCACUCUAUCAAUGUUGCAUAAUUAAUCUACAGACGUGGCAGAACUUACAACUGCUGUCAGGUGGAAGCCUCACUGAGACAAUCAAAAUUCUUUCUUCAUUCCAAGGAGAAAAACUUGCCACAGAAGAACACUUUGAAGCAAUUGAACGAAGACUACUUAAGGUGUACGCGACUGUACAAUAUUGUAUUGAAAAAUACGGCACUGAAAAAGUUUUUAAACAUUGAAGUAUGAAUUGUUUUCAUGAACUAAGGAUGAGUUGAUUGUAGAAAUCUGAACUUAAAUGCAAUAAAAACAAACUACUAAAGAA